AUGACAUCUAAAUGGGUUCCACGUAAAAAACAGUUUAACUGUAUUGGACGAAUGUUUUCUGUCAGUCCUACACAAGUAGAGCUAUUUCACUUGCUAUUAUUAUUGUUGCACGUAAAAGGAGCUACAAGCUUUGAUUCAUUAAAAACAGUUAAUGGCAUAGUCCAACCUACAUUUACAGCAGCGUGCUUAGAACUGGGCUUAAUAGAGGAUGAUCAUGAAUGGGCUAAAGCAAUGGAAGAAGCAACAAUGUGGAUGAUGCCACGUCGACUUAGACAAUUAUUUACUAGAAUUUUAAUACACUGCCAACCGAUACACCCUGAAGAGUUGUGGGAUAAAUUCAAAGAUGUAUUAUCUGAGGAAUUUGCAAGGAUGAAUAAUAGUGUUUUGAGUCAUCAAAUGGCAUACGCUGAGAUAAAUAAUUUACUAAAUUAUGAAGGUAAAAGUUUGUCUGAUUUUCCUUCCAUGGAUCAAACAGUGACUACACAUGUAUUGACAGAAAACGAUAAUGAAUUAUCACAAACAGAAUUUGAAGAUAUCGCAACAUUACUUCCAAAAGGAAAAACAGUACAUAAAACAUUUAGUCUUCCUGUUCCAAUGUUUAGCGAUUCAUCAUCAAACAUAACAGCACAAUCUAAGGAAGGUCUUCUACUCAUGGAAACAAAAGUUUUUAUUUGGGACGAAGCACUUAUGACUCCAAGAUAUGCUCUAGAAAUAGUAAACAGAACUCUACAAAAUAUCAUGAACAAUGACGUACCUUUCGGUGGUAAAAUUAUGAUUUUGGGCGGUGAUUUUAGACAACUUCUUCCCAUCAAAAUUAAUGGAACACGAGCUGAAACGUUAAACCUUUCUAUUAAAUACAGUGCAUUAUGA